AUGUAUAUGCUAUAUCAACAUCGAAAAAAGCAAUUAAUUUGCUUAUUUUUCAUUCUUGUCACGCAAGCAGUAUGUGGUCCUAUUAAAUAUUCUGUCCUAAGUUUACGAUGUAAUAUUCUACGUCAAAAUUGUACUUUUAUUCCCCAUAAUUCAUUAUCUAAUUCAGUUUCACCUCCUCCAUAUUCUCAAAGCUCAACACCACGAAUAAUCCGUUCACGUACAACUCCAUGGCUAACUUUUCCAGAAUUUCGUCAAGAUUCAACAUCAAAAAGAAGCCCAGUAUCUAAUAUGGAUUCAUUUAGCGACAAUUUAAAACGUGCUGCUUUAAUAUUAGCUGGUAUUGCACUUGGUCUUGGUAUUCUUCGUAUAUGUUUAAUGUUAUGUAAAUCUCGUUCUCCGAAUAGAUCGCUUUCUAAUCGUCAUUCGGCUACUGUUCGACCUCAAAUAGCUACUAUUGAACGUCAUCAGUUUAAACCAGAUUUACCACCUGCAUACGCUGAAGCAAUAACUAGUAUAGACAAUGAUGAUGGUAAACUACCAUCAUAUGAAGAAUUACCUUAUGAACAACAACAAGAACAACAAGUGAAUAAUAAUGAUGGAAUUAUUUCAACCCAAAUGUAA